AUGACAUUGCAGCAAUACACUCGAGCGUUUUUACUUCAAUCUCAUUCGUAUCCGAGAAUACGGCACGCGCUUCCAAACGUUCUCGCGCCUGUCACCGCGGCCGUUUCCACUUCACCCGACUCGUUUCAGUCCGCUUCCCCAGAACAUCCGAGCACCAGUGCCGCAGGGGAAGGCCUAUCCCGAUUCCAUCAAUCCAUAUUAUCACGUACAGUAGAACGACAACGCUUCGUUACGGGGCGAUACCCACUAACGGUGACAAUUCGCGAAAAUCCGACGCGGAAAUGGUUGCGACUUGGACAAUCCAACGGCGAUUCCGUAGCGACUACGGAAAUUUUUGUCAAUAAUACAACUACAAUGCGCAGCUUAGCGUCACUCGAUCGAUUUCAUUGGCUUGAUGAUAAGGAACGGCAAACGCUGCUGGAUAGUUAUGCCAUGGUGAGUUUGGAAUUCAUUGCCGAAAUUCAUAUAGAGCGUCCCGGAUAUUUGCAUUUGUUGAGGUGUGACGGCGCCGGAUCAUCGGCCGCGACACAACGAUCCUUGCGAGACGUUUUGCCCUUCAAGCGGCCCGCAGCAAUUCUGAAGGAAUUGGAAGACGACCUCACUAAAUUGUACCGCGAUCGUUUGUGGGUGACCGGAUUCAGUCUGACGGGAAGACAGGGAUUUGUCAAAUCGAUCGAAACAAACGACGGCUUUAUUGGGUCGGUCAAUCCAAGGACGGCUUCGUCCGUAUUGUGGCCUAAUGAAGUCACUUCGGUCCCCUCGCAACUUUUACAAGAUUCGUCACAAAUGAAAAAUCCCGGGGUACCGCGUGCGUUUCGACGAGACGGGCUUUACCAAGAUGCCUUGCUCGUUUCCGACGGCUUUCUUGUGCCGGGCAAGGAUCAUGGGGGUUUGUAUAUUGUCAAGAACCCAGGAAAUCCGCAAACGGAAUGGACCAUGUCUCUCACCGACAAUAGUGGUCGAUGGUUCUAUCACCGCGCCGUAUGGGCCGAUCUCACCGGAGACGGGCGGCAGUCGAUUCUCACCGCGCGCUGCAAGGUAUCCACCAAUAUUGGCAACAAAAAUGAUGGCGUCACCUCCGGGAUUUCCAAGAAAGGGGAGCUAGUAUGGCUGGAAUGUCCACAGCCUGCUUCAAUUGAUCCAACCACUGGGACACCCCUCGAAACCGAUGGAACACAGUUCGAUCCAUUCAGUUCCCGCCAUUUGCCGUGGAAAACACGAGUUCUCGCCACUGGACCGGAUGUUAUGUUUUGCGUUGCGGAUCUGGAUAUCACGGACGAUACUAUCGAAGUCAUAUCAAGCCAAUUCUUUUCCAAAUCUGUAGCCUUGCACAGCAUUCGACGAGGACCGGAGCCAAAAGUUUGUUUUACAAGAAGUAUUGAUGAUCGAUGUGGGACGGCGUUUAGUUCCAUUCUUGUUGAUCUGGACUGCAAUGCUGUUGGGACAAAAAAAGAUGCGCAAGCUUCUAAGCAGGAUCGGUGUGUAAUCAACUCCGGCAGUUCCUUCGAGUCAUUGUCACGGGGUGACUGCUUUUCUCAUCUUCUUGUUACGAGCCAUGAAUGCAGUUACGUUGAACCUGGAGAAAUGCCGAGUUCAUCAUCUGCGGACGGAUCGGCCCUUUGGACUCCAGCUGACGAUACGGACGGUGGUUCUCUUUUCGCCUAUCGUGUACCUGAAGGCAAAGGCUCGUGGAAAACGAAUCCUUGGCUGCGAACCACCGUGGCGACUGGUUUCAAGGUGCACGGGCAAAUCAACAAUAUGAUCAACCCAGGGGCGCCAGGUUUCGUCUACUCUUUCCACGCCAAAAAGGACGAUACCUAUUCGGGUAAGCGGCCUAUGAUUGCGAUUGCUGGCGACUGUGCGGAGGCGGCAUAUAUAUACCGGCCGGACAACAUUGUAGAUACUAGAUCUGAGAUUAGUGCCGAUCCCAGCACGCAAUACAAACUCAUGGUCGAAAUACAGUGUGGAUCUACCGUUGGGAGUAUUGGAAUUAGCUAUGACGACUUUACGACGGCCGAGCAAGAAAGCGGGUAUGCGAAGCUGUACAUUCCUUGCUACGAAAACGAUAAGGUAUUCGUGUUUGCCCUUGGUAGCGGUGAAGAAGAGAAGGAGAUAUGGUAG